AUGAAUAGGGUUCAAGCGAAACCUUAUUUGGAAGGUCUAGUCAAGCGGGUUCUAUCUUCAUGGACAGGUUAUCAGCUGGCUUUGGUCAACCAAUCCGCCGGUGGCGAGACUAAGAACAUGGACAUUAUGUAAGUUCUUUUGAUGCAUUUAGAUUUAAUUUAGUGAAAACAAGAAUUCGUAUUUGACUUUUCGAAGUUACACUAGGUUGUUUCAUGUUGUAUGUCAGUGUUUAGGUAUAUUUUUUAAUUUAAGCCGGUUUGUCAUUUUAAAUGGGUAAGAAUUUUGUUAGAAAGUGCUUAGUUGUUUUCUGUGUUACUUGGUUUGAUACCUUUUAGUUUUUACACAUUGUUAAAUUUAAACACUUGUCUAUUAAUGGUUCCUUGUAACACUGCUCUAAUAUUAAGGCAGAUUGUUUACCUAAUAUGGUAAAAACUAGGUAAGUACGACUUAAAUUAACUAUAGUUAUGCACAUGACAAAUGUGUUGCCUUAUUGUUGACAAGCGUGAUAGGUAAGUUAUUAUUCGAGUAAUUAGGGGCUUAAGAUUAGCGUUUUGUUUUUGGGGUUGUUUCAAUAAAGCGGAAUUGUAAGCGUGUAACUUAAUUAAAGCGUCUCGCGGGCAUAAAGAUUAUUUAGUUGGGGGACAAAUCUUCUCGCCCAAAGUUUUAGCCUCGGUAAAUUAAUUACAGCGGCUAUGAGCUCUUACACGUUAGUUUGUAUUCUAAAAAUUAUAUUCACUUUGGCCGGCCGCAAAUGAACCAAAAACGCCAUUAGAACUGAAUUUGGUCUUGUGGGCAGUCGAAUUUAUUCGUUUUUUGCACCGUCCGCGUGUUCUUCUCAUUCCUUCGCUUUUCUGAAGUUUUCUCGGUAAGCUUACUCAUGUUAUGGAUGUUAACUUGUUGCCAUUUUAAUUGUGUCGCUAAAGGUUGUGUUAUGUUUUUCCUAUCGUCUUUUUUAUAGAUGAGAGUUGCAAUAGUCAUUUUAUUUUCUUUUUUUAUUGUUGCUUGAGCCAGAUCAAAACCUUUUUUUAAUCAUUGCCAUAUCAUUUUUUAGUUAUUUUGGGCAGGAUCUCAAGUGUAAAGUAAUGAUUUGCUUUUUAAAAUAAUCAUGUUUUACUUGCAGGUUGCACAAUGAACUGACUUUAUUAUUAUUGGAAACCAAAGAUUUGGACAAGUUCGUGAUUGAAGAUUGGUUAGAGGAUGGGUUCAACGAGGUUUUUAACUUGGUGUUAGAAGAUGGAAGUGUGGCUGAGAUGAGUGACCUUCUGGCACGAGGAGCACAACUUAUAUUGGAUGGAAAAAUAGACCAAGUAGAGAGCGUAUUGGCCAGGUUACCCAACGAAAAUACUGUCAACCAAGCGAAAGCUCAGUCAAAAACCGUGGAGGACCCGGAGGCAUCAGGAGAUAGCGGAGACGAUGAUCAGGAAAUGGAGGUGAGCGGGCUUUCUAAAAAGCGAGAAGUAAAGUGAAAACUGGAGUUGUCGCUUUUAACGCAGUAGAAAAGGAAAACAUAAGUAAACUUUUUGAGAGAUUAAUAAGAAUUCGGCUAACAAGAUCUCCAAAAUAAUUUUUUGCGUGGCUUUCUUAAAAUCUUAUACGCAAAUGAUACAAGUUUGUCUAAUCAAAGUGUUUUCCAGGUAGAAGAGAGUUCCAGCAAAGUUCGUCAACCUAAAACACAAACGGACGAAGAUGGCUGGACGACAAUUCUUAAGAAAUGA